AUGGGGACACUGCGUGACCUGCAAUAUGCCCUCCAGGAGAAGAUCGAGGAGCUGAGGCAGAGGGACGCCCUGAUCGACGAGCUGGAGCUGGAGCUAGAUCAGAAGGACGAGCUAAUUCAGAAACUCCAAACCGAACUGGAUAAAUACAGAUCCGUCCGACGCCCGGUCGCUCAGCAACCGAGCCAGAGCGAGUCCAGCACCCAGGAGCAGCAGAGGACCAAGAGACAGGCCAUCUCGGCAGAGCCCACCGCUUUGGAUAUCCAGGACAUAAGCCACGUCACCCUGCCCUGCUAUUCCAAGAGUGCGCAGUCGAAGGAGCUGAUCAAGGAUGCCAUCUUGGAGAAUGACUUCAUGAAGAAUCUGGAGAUGUCUCAGAUCCAGGAGAUUGUGGAUUGCAUGUACCCGGUGGAGUACACGCAGGACAGUUACGUAAUCGAAGAGGGAGACGUGGGCUCGCUGGUGUAUGUAAUGGAAGAGGGAAAGGUGGAGGUGACGAAAGACAAUGUGAAGCUCUGUACAAUGGCGCCAGGCAAAGUGUUUGGAGAGCUGGCGAUCCUCUACAACUGUACCAGGACAGCAACGGUCAAAGCCCUCACCAACAUCAAGCUAUGGGCCAUCGACCGACAAUGUUUCCAAACCAUUAUGAUGCGGACAGGGCUGAUCAAACACGCCGAGCACAUGGAGUUUCUCAGAAGCGUCCCCUCCUUUCGAAAUCUUCAGGAGGAAGUUCUGAGUAAACUCGCUGAUGUGCUGGAGGAGACUCAUUAUGAAGAGGGUGACUACAUCAUCAGGCAGGGAGCCAGUGGAGACACUUUCUUUAUCAUCAGCAAGGGGAAGGUGAAUGUAACACAAGAUGAAUUGAAAGAUGGAGAAACAGAACUUCCCACUACUCUGUCCAGGGGAGACUGGUUUGGUGAGAAGGCUCUACAAGGAGAAGACAUAAGGUUGGCCAAUGUAAUUGCAGCAGAGGAUGUGAUUUGCCUGGUGAUUGACAGAGACUCAUUCCGACAGUUAACUGGAAGCUUGGAAGAUGUCUCCAGUAGAGAAUAUGAGAGUGCGGAGAUGCAGGCAGAGUUUGAGGCGGAAGCUGCAUUCUUUGGCAGCUUGGAGCGAACAGAUUUCAACGUCCAUCAGACCCUCGGAGUUGGAGGAUUUGGUCGCGUUGAGUUGGUGCAGCUAAAAAACGAAGAGGGCCGGAGCUUUGCAAUGAAGAUUCUGAAGAAACAUCACAUAGUGGAGAUGCGGCAGCAGGAGCACAUUCGCUCAGAGAAGCAGAUCAUGCAAGAGGCUCACUGUGACUUCAUAGUCAGGUUGUACAGGACAUUCCGAGACCAUAAGUACCUUUAUAUGCUGAUGGAAGCCUGCCUUGGAGGUGAACUGUGGACCAUCCUGAGAGACAGGGGCUCAUUUGAUGAUGCCACAACUCGGUUCUACACUGCCUGCGUGCUGGAGGCCUUUGCAUAUUUACAUAGCAAAGGGGUCAUUUACAGAGACCUCAAGCCGGAGAACAUCAUCCUCAACCACAGAGGUUAUGCCAAGCUGGUGGAUUUUGGUUUUGCUAAGAAGAUUGGAUUUGGGAAGAAGACCUGGACAUUCUGUGGGACUCCUGAAUAUGUAGCUCCUGAGAUCAUCCUAAACAAAGGUCACGACAGCUCUGCAGAUUACUGGUCCUUGGGGAUCCUAAUGUACGAGCUCCUGACGGGCAGCCCUCCAUUCUCUGGCUCUGACCCUAUGCAAACGUACAACAUAAUCCUGAGAGGAAUUGAUAUGAUCGAGUUCCCAAAGAAAAUCACCAAAAACGCAGGCACCCUCAUCAAAAAGCUGUGCAGGGACAACCCUUCUGAGCGACUGGGCAACCAAAAAAAUGGAGUUAAGGACAUCCAGAAGCACAAGUGGUUUGAAGGCUUUAACUUUGAAGGGUUGAGAAAAGGAACACUUACUCCACCCAUAGUUCCAAAUGUGACUGGACCUCUGGAUACUAGCAAUUUUGACACCUUCCCAGAGGAUGCAGAGGAGGAAGCUCCGGAUGAGGAGUCCGGAUGGGAUGUUGAUUUUUAG